AACAUCUCCUUUUUAUUUAGGUUAUUUUCAUCCUGCAGACAGCUAUUCCUGUGCUUUGAAAGGACAUGAGAUGUUCUCCUCUCCUUCACUGUAUGCACGUCUGACUCCUUCAGUGUCAGUGAGUCCCUCUGGUGAAAUCAUUGAGGGCAGUUCAGUGACUCUGACCUGUAGCAGUGAUGCUAACCCAGCAGCUAAAUACACCUGGUACAAGAAGAAUGUAAAUCCAGACCUUCAACCUCUCAGUAAAGAACCACAGCUUGUCUUCAGCUUCAUCCAGUCCUCUGACUCUGGAGAGUAUUACUGUGCAGCUGAGAACCAGCUGGGGAAGAGGACAUCUGAAUACAUCUGUAUUGAUGUGAAAUUUGCCCCAAAGCUUCCCUCUGUGUCAGUGAGUCCCUCUGCUGUGAUAGUGGAGGGUAGUUCAGUGAAUCUGACCUGUAGCAGUGAUGCUAACCCAGCAGCUAAAUACACCUGGUACAAGGAGUUGGACUCUCGUGUUGAAUAUGAGAACGACUCAGACUUGCAGGUCAUCACUGCAGCACAGACAGAAGACACAGAGGAGCAGGAAGACCUGGAAUCACAGACGACGAGCAACUCAACAGACAACGUCCUUCUCUGCUAUGCACCAACAUCCUCCUCUGUGUCAGUGAGUACCUCUGGUGAAAUCACUGAGGGCAGUUCAGUGACUCUGACCUGUAGCAGUGAUGCCAACCCAGCAGCUAAAUACACCUGGUACAAGAAGAAUGUAAAUCCAGACCUUCAACCUCUCAGUAAAGAACCACAGCUUGUCUUCAGCUCCAUCCAGUCCUCUGACUCUGGAGAGUAUUACUGUACAGCUGAGAACCAGCUGGGGAAGAGGACAUCUGAAUACACCUCUGUAAAUAUGAAAUAUGGUCCAAAACGUCCCUCUGUGUCAGUGAGUCCCUCUGCUGAGAUAGUGGAGGGCAGUUCAGUGACUCUGACCUGUAGCAGUGAUGCUAACCCAGCAGCUAAUUACACCUGGUACAAGGAGAAUGAAGACUCACCAAAAGCAUCAGGACAGAUCUUCACCAUCACUGAUGUCAGACCUGAACACAGUGGGAAUUAUUCCUGUGAAGCCCAGAACAGAAGAGGGCGUCAUAACUCCACUUUACAUCUGAUUGUUGUAAAAGGAAGAAGAGAGCCUCCUAUCAAUCGUCUGAGGCUGAGGAGAGACCAUGCGACAGAGAGAGGGUGA